UUUGUUUGUUUCCAAACAAGUAUCUGACCCCGAGGACCCGACCCGGCGCAUCGUUUUCUUUGUUGCCAACAAAUAACAAUAAAUAAAGGGACCGAUAAAUAAAUUAUAAACAGAUUAAUUUAAAAAAAAACUGUUAAAAAGGCAAAUUCGAGAAGAAAGCCAAAAGAGAAAGCGAAUGCUCUUUCCUCACCAGUAACCAGAGAAACUCGCAGUGAUAGAGAGAGAGAGGGAAUGGGAUUGAUAUUAUCAACGAAAGAGACGAAGAACAGUGGAAGAGGAAUGGGAUUCCUCUUCGUCUUCUUCCCUGACCACAACAACGACGACUCUCCUUCUCCUUCAUCUUCUUCUCCGGCAACGACUCUCUUCCGCACCAGAUCUUCCCGUCUCCUCCUCUCCAAAGCCCAAUCCACAAUCUCCAUCUGCAUCCUCCUCCUCCUCCUCACCCUCUUCUUCUUCACUCUCUCCACCUUCGAACCUUCCUCCGGCUUCCCCGCCGUUUCUCCCCGUCGAUUCCUCCUCACUCGCGACGUCGCCGGAGGAGCUCGAGGUAUUAUCAACCGUCGCAACCGCUAUGCUCUCCAGGGGAUGGGUACUUUGUUUCUGAGAGGAACCAAGAGCAUGCACGAUCUGAUCGUCGCUCACAUCCCCUCCGAUACGACGGAGGGAGAUCUCCGCCUCUUCGUGCGGUUGCUUCACCGCUCCGGAGUCACUUCCCGAUCCGACGUCGUUUUGCUCUUCAACUCUCAUCAGAGAUUCAAUAAAUUGAUCGAAGAAGAGAACAGCUCGUUCUCGAAACUAGUUAAUCUAUACCGGAACUCGAAUCAAACCGGAACCGACUCGGUUUGGGGAUUUAAUCUAACCCGGUUUACGAAGAACCAAUUAACGAAGAAGGACACGUCUGAGCCUAUCUGGGGGAAGAAAACACACCGAGCUAAUAAUAACGAGUCAGACGAGUUGACUCACGGCUCCGUAGUGGGCUUCGACGUGGCCGAGCUGGACCCGGAGAACUCGCUGUCCGGGUUCAUGGACCACGUCCCGGUAGCCUUGCGGAGAUGGGCCUGUUACCCAAUGCUCCUCGGAAGACUCAGACGCAGCUUCAAGCACGUGAUGCUCGUUGACGCGAAGAUAUCGUUAAUCCUCGGUGACCCGUUAACCCGGGUUCGUAACCGGAGCCCCGAGUCAGUCCUCUUCUUCUCGGCCUCUAAACACAGCAGUAACAAGAUUAACCCGGCGGUUAUCAUCGGUGGAGCGAAAGGGAUCAGGAGGUUGUCGAGCGCCAUGCACACCGAGAUCGUGAGAGCGAUGAUGCAGCAGCAGCAGCAGCACAAGAGAAAGAGCUCUGUGUCGGAAUCGGGAGUGCUGAGUCAGCUCGUUGGGAAUGUUCAUAUGAGGAAGGGCUUUGAGGUGGUUGGUCCGAGUGAGGUGAUUGCGGAAGCGAGUUCGACGAGAAACUCCGCGGCGUUGUCGUUAAAAAGUCGUGAUAUAGUACAACGCGGUAAUAGUAAUCAUUUCGACAUUACGGCGACUAUUAUGAAACGUAUUUGUUCGUCUGAGUUAGAUUCUUCUGUGUAUAGUUACUGUUAGUUAGCAUUAUUAUAUUUUUGGAUUUUUUAAAAUAGUAUAAAACAAAAAUAGAGAGAUUUUUCGUUUA